AUGUUGGAUAUAUCAAACAUAAACUGAGUGUUAACAAAAGCCUCUAACACUGAGUUUAAUGAAUCGAACACUUCCAUCUCCAAACAAAUCCUUUCUUCUACCCUCGAAACUGUAGAACGCAGCAUCCAAACCAUUUCGCCGAAACCCAACUCAAAUCCUUCCCUCUCCAUCGAAUCAUCGAUUUGCAUUUGAAGGCGAAAUUGAAUUCAGUUUUGAAGCAACAUCAAUGGAUUCACAGGGCCAGACAACUUCAUUGCAACGACUUCAGAAUGUCGAAAAGAGAAUUGUGAAGGUUUUGGAGCUUGCAGGAGGAGUGAUGGACGAGCUUGCAAGCCCAGUUGGUCCUAGAAAAGAUCUUGUCCAAAAUCACUGUCUUGAAUUCAUGCAAUUAAUUAAGGACAUCCAAGUGACAUUGCGUGAUGAAAUCAAAAGUGCUUGUGAAUAUCGUCCAUUUGAAAAGUGUGAUUAUGGCCCAAGAAUAGCAAAUGAGAUAGGUUUCAAAAAGGUGGAAUAUGUCAUGUCACAAUUGGAGGCAAUGAAACAAACUAUAAAUGAGUAUAAUGCAGCAGCCUGAAAAUUCUGCUCCUUAAAUUAUCCUAUUAAGCUGUUGAUAUUGAAAAUUCAGUCAGUAAUUUGGGAGUUUUUGCAGCGCUGCAAGUGAUUCAAGUUGCACUCAACAAGGAGAGUGACUUAUAUAUUUAUUUAGAGGAGGCUAUUUGGAUAAUACACAUGUAGUAUUGCAUUGUACACUAAACAUGUAAAAGACAGAUUAUUAAGUACUGGAUUUAAUAUUCAUGAUUAGUCACAUACUCAAAUAAAUAUUCUUAGCUACCUAUGUUUAAGAUUAGACAUUUGAGAAACUCAAUGGUGGCCAUUGUGCAGUUGCAACUAUGAUACUAACUGUUAUUCAACUUGAUAGUAA